AUGGCAGAUAGACCAAAGGGAUUCGGAAUGACGGCCGAGCUUCAGGAGAAGAAGGCAGCGAAGUAUGACCCAACGCUGGCGGCUGAGGCCGUGGAGUGGAUGCAGCGAUUGACGGGUCAAGAACUUCCUCAGGGUACCGGCAACACUAUGACGUCCGUUCAAGACGCGCUGAAAGACGGUGUCUACCUGUGCCUGGUCAUCAACACGCUCGCGCCUGGGAGCGUCAAGAAAGUCAACUCGAGCAAAAUGGCUUUCAAGAUGAUGGAGAACAUUGGGAACUUCUUGUCAGCGUGCGAGACGUACGGACUCAAGAAAACCGACAUCUUCCAGACGGUCGACUUGUACGAAGCAGAAAAUAUCCCCCAAGUCAUCAACGGCCUACACGCCCUCGGGAGGAAAGCCCAGGCGAAAGGGCAAGAAGGAACCGGGCCCAAAGAGGCAGUGGCGAACAAGCGGGAAUUCGACGAGCAGACGCUGAAGGCCGGCCAGAAUGUUAUCGGACUCCAGAUGGGCACGAACCGCGGAGCCUCGCAAGCCGGCUCUACCCCCGCAGGACUUGGGCGACAGAUCCACGGCAUCAACCUAAAGGGCGUUCAGUGA